UCAAGUGACAUAACCUUGAUAGUAUAACUACCCACUGACAGUCAUGGAUACUCCCGGAUCUCUUGUCAAUCUUUCUCAAUCUGCAACAAGUGACCCGAUAACAAAGGAGACGGAGCCACUUUUAAUCGCAUCAGCUUGUAUCCUCAUCGUCAUCUGCAUCAUCGGUGUCGUCGGGAACCUGUUUGUGAUCGUAGCCGUGUCGUUAUCCCGUCGUCUUCAUACCGCAACCAAUGCGUUCAUCGUAACACUGAGCUGUGUCGAUACCAUGAGCGCUCUUGCUCUACCGUUUCAGGCGGGGGCGCUGCUCGGCGCCGCAAGCAAUCAUCAGACACCGUAUGUCCUGGUCUGUGAAGUGGUGGGUGCGUUGACUUGUGUCGUCAACUUCUGGAGUUUCAGUAUCCUCGUCAUCAUCGCAUUCAACCGGUACGUCGUCGUAACAAGACCGCCUCAAACGCAGCGGAAACUUUUCUCUCCGGGCAUGAUCGCAGCAGUUCUCGUGAUCGUACUGGGUUUUCCCAUUUUGAUGCUCAUAAUCUUCCUGAUGGUAGAUCGCGUUCACUUUGGCUUGUUUAAUCAUCUAUGUGCUGUCGUUAAAGGAGCCAUGUUCAAUUACCUCUUCGGGGCAUGUACUUUAACAUCAAUGGCUGCAAUGGCCUUCUGUUACAUCAGUAUCUAUCUGCACGUUCGAGAUCAUGUGCGGAAAGUCAGAAAUAGCAUUCGUGCGAGCACUAAUAGCAUAAGAGUACGCAGGGAGGAACGACGUGAUCUAGACCAGCAGAUCACUAGGAACCUCUUCGCCGUUGUCCUGUGUUACUUUGUUUGCCUUGCUCCUGCAACGGUGACGUUUUUCACAAACAUCCAUCCGACAUUGUUUGUAAUUUUCUUUCUCAUCAUGUCAGUGAAUUACUGUUUGAAUCCGAUCAUCUAUGCGUGGAGGCAUCCGGUGUUUCGGAAGGUGUUCCGUUGUAUGCUAACACGUCGCUUUGAGGACAUCGAGGAUCCAUCUCAAUGGGUCCGAAAUAUGCUUACUCACUAGACUUAGGUUUUGACAGCCUUUCCAAAGGACAAAUCAGCGGCAAGAUAAGCUCGAUUUACUCAUUUGAAUAAAUUAGAUCAGGGGGGGGGGGGUGCGGCUGUGAUUAUAGCAAUAUAUUGAGUUGAAAUUCCAAAAUUUAUGGGCCCCAUUAUCUUAAUUUAAUUACAAAAAAUACUACCUGUCAUACUUGCUUUAAUAAAGGGGCACUCCGGGC